AGAUAUGUGAGAAAAGACUUGUCUACAUACACUGCGCGUUAAAGGAAGUAGAUGCUUUGCAAGUAUCUUUAUGGGUGUUUUGCUGUAAAUAUUUAGAAAAGCAUUUUAGCUUUGAGUUCCUCAAUGGGACAAAGGCUUUGCACACCAGUAAUAGCCAUCAAGGCUCAAGGGAAGUAGUGACUAGAACUAGGAAGCACUGAUGCAAAGUGGUCUUCAGUGGAAUAUAUCAAGGUUUACACAUUAACUAUGAGGAUCUUCUAUAAUUUUGUGAUCUGGAUUUGUCUGUCUGCAGGAAUUGGGAUUUUGGCUACAGGUGAAACUGAGAUACAUAGACACAGUGGAGAAACUGUCACAAUCACAUGUUCCCACAGCUGGGCUUCAACCAAUAUAAAGUAUUUCUGCAGAGCUCCAUGUAAAGACAAAGAUAUUUUAGUGAAAUCUGACCAGUCACCUACAGGUAGAUACACACUGAAGGAUUCAGGAAACACCUUCACUGUGAUCAUCUCUGAUCUACAGGAGUCAGACUCUGGGAUUUACCAGUGCGGAGUGGAUAGAACUGGUUUAGACACAUUUAAAAAAGUCAAACUGACAAUAUCUAAAGACACAGACACAAACAGACCCACAACUCCUAAACCAGCAGCAAGUUCUCAAUCCUCCACAACAAGAAGUUCAUUCUCCACAUCUUCAGCAUCUGGUGACAUCACAGAAUCAUCUUCAUCAACAGUAUUUAAAGGUCCUGUUCUUUCACCCAGACCAACAUUUAAUGAGAACGGUGCACAAACUUCACUCUCCUCAGGUCCUCUGAUGUUCACAGCGCUCGGACUGACUGUUAUCUUCAUUAUAUUUGGGGCGGUUCUCUGUAUAUGGAAUAAUCAAAAGAAAAAUCCACACAGUUCCAAGUUUGAUGCUGAAAUCCAAGGCACCACACAUACCUCUGAGACCACUGGUGAGUAUGAGGUGAUCACAGAGACCCACCAGCGGAUUGAAACACACACAGCCGUCACCAUUUAUUCUACUGUCAAUAACAGUCCAGCAGCCAAUCAGAUCCAAGAUCCUCCUCUAUACUCCACCCUCUCCAUCUGACAAGAGCUGCAUCAGAUGAGCUCUAAACCCCAGUGCUGAUAAAGCAGGUUUAGCAACAUAUGCAGUCAUAAUGAUACAUGCUAAAGGUUGUGGAAAUCUAUUGAACAUCUACUCUUUAACUUGCUUCAAUCAAUAUUGUAGAUUGUGUGUCUGGUGUAAGUAAAAGUCUUAUGUCUGAAUGUGAUUUUGUCAAUAAAAACGUUCUGGG